AUGUCUCCUAUGAUGGAGUCUUCCGCAGAUGUUCUAAACCUGCUCCGUGGUGUCCACAGCCCCGGUGAAGGGCCACAGAGCAGCUGCGCCAAGCCCGGCUCCACGGCCACCGGCUCGGCCCUUCUGGGGGGCGGGCUGGCCUGCUCCCCCAUCCCAUGGCGUGUCAGAGAGAGCCCAUCCCAGGGAAAACCUGAAGACAUCACCGGCAGACCAGCAGCCGCCUGUGACAAGGGUGUGGCCAAAGCCACUUCUGAGUCUACAGAACAGACAGGACCCAGGCAGGACAAGAACUCAGCAAAGGAACACCACUCAAGAGAUCACCGGAUAAGCAACAGGGGCAUUGUAGGAGGGGGGCCGGACGGGGAGCUGCUUCUCGGGCCCCUGCUUCCCGAAGAGGAGGCCAGCCUGGGGACUGUCACAGCAGGUGAGCUCGGGCCAGGCCAGCAGGGCAAACGUGCCAUGAACAAAAGCUCCCUGAAAGGUGUCAUUCGGGGCCAGAGCCCUUGGGAUGACUCCGUGAGAACAGCACGGUACCCUACCUGGCAGCUCGCUCGCUUCCGUCGGGACCCAAACCGUCUGUCGUCAGAAACACCAACAACCCCGUUUGCCCAUCAGCUCCGAGGUGAUGACUUACAGCCCUUCCUGUGGAGACCUGAGGCUGUGCCUGCCCUGGCCGGCUCAGAGGGGAGGACCCAGACGACAGAGACGGGGCCUGCGGAAGCCCGAGGUCGAGGGCAGAAGGCGCUCAGCCACCAGCGACAACGCUGGGUGGCAUGGGAGGCUGACCGCGUGGUGCUCCGGGGAGCACGCAAGACAGCUGCCAGCAUCUCGGACGGGAAGCUAACCAGUGCCAGGGCUGGGGGCGGGGGGGAUGUUGAGAGCAACCAUCCAGGCAAGAGCCAGCGGCGAGUGGAAUUGCCAAAGGCAGCCGUGACCGACGAGACCGGACAGAAGCGUGGUGGAGACGCCUUCACUGCGCUGGAACCGGGCUGUGUGAAAAACUACGAAGACGUGGGCAACUUUCACAUACAGGCGAAAAUAUGGUUUUCUUCCGGGGUGGGUUGGGGGGCGGAGCUUCAACUAUUAAAAGAUGUCCAUGACCCAAGCAAACGUCCCUAUCUGAUUUUGGAGACGCACGGCGUCCAGGGGCAGGACGGGGUACUUGACCGGAUGACGAGAGGCAAGCAGAGGGCAUCACUUGUGCUCAGGCUUCUUCCGGGGGUGCCUCAGAGGAGGGCGGCCUACAGACGCGCCAGAGAGCCGGCCGAGCCAGGAGGGCACACGCGCCCACAGGCCCCGCGCGGCUCAGCUGCGCCUGCUCUUUAA